AACUUGUCUCUAAAUUCUGGAAACCUCAAAACGACACCAAGCUCCAAGUCCGCCGCAUCUCCUCUCGACGUCGUCGACCUCCAAAACGUCUUAACCCAACAAGGAACUGGUGCUUCCAGGUUGCUGCAACACCUCUUCGAAACUAGAAGGGAUUUUUGUGGUUCCUUCACUGUGAGCUCUCUGUCCUUUGUCCUGGAAUCGGUUCCCACUCGACCCAGAUGGCACAUUGAGACGGAAUCGCUUCAAUCUGAACUCUGCUCAACCUUCCACAAAUCCAACCUCGAACUUUCGUCCUCUGUUUAUUGUUUAUUGUUGGAAAAAAUGGCAUCUAGCUCAACCACUAUUCUUUGGAAUGCACCUGAGUUAGAAAAAUUCAUUAGUCUGAUGAUUGAUAAUGUGAGGAAUGAUCAAAGGACCAAAUCGACAUUCACUAAAGUUGGUUGGAAUAACAUCAAAUCUGGACUAGAAACUUUUCAACGUCCUUUUAGAAAGGAACAACUCCAUAAUAAGAUGAACAAAUUACGGGGUAACUAUAAUAGCUUCAAGCAACUAUUGGAGACAACGGGAUUUGGCUGGGACUCAAACACCAGGACUGCUACAGCAGAAGAUUCUGUUUGGGAUCUGGCUGUAAAGGAAAACCCAGUUUGGGCCAAAUACAGAAAGAGUGGUCUUCCAUGGUGGCCAGAGUUGCAAGAGAUCUUCUCGAACUCAUGUUCUCGGGGAGGUAGAGGAGUUAAUCCACUUACAACUGUCAUUCCAAGGUCCAUCCACAUUGAUCCUGAUAAUGAGGCUGCGAUACCUAAACAGGUAUCCCCUCCCAAUGUUGGUUUGGAUGAUAUAGAACAUAUUGAUGUUGAUGAGGUCACUCCUACUGCACAGAAACGGAGGCUUGAUAGAACACCUACAGAUCGUAGGGAGAAGAGUUCCUUAAAGCAAAUGAAUACUUCAAUGUGUGACUUUAGAGCGUAUGCUGCCUGGAAAAUGGAACCGAUGUGCAGCACCACUUCGACUCCUGGUGCAGUUUCAUAUGCAUCUGUUACUAAGCCUUUUAUUGAUCCUCUUCUGGAUGGACCUUAUAACAUGAAAAAUUGUCAGAACUUGUUGGACACCAUAACAGAUGUUACACCAGAGAUUACACCAAAGAUUUACGUGAAUGCACAACAAAAAAUUCACAGUGACACUGCUUGGAGAUUAUCAUUUGUAGAAAUGAUUCCUGAAAGAAGGAUGUGGAUCCUGCAAGCGUUAAAAUAGUACAUUUGGGACUUAUUUACAAACAAUUGGUUUUUAAGUGUUUGUUAAGUGACAUCUUUUUUUGUUGUUUGAGUUUGAUUUAACUGUUCUAAGUAAUAGUAUAUUAUGAUCUUGUUUUA